AUGGCAGACCACCAGAAUCCGCACAUGGAGCUCGACCCCAAAUAUGACCACUACGACUUCCCUACCACCGCACCCACAGCGCAGCCAGGCCACCCAGGGCACACCACCAAGGAGCAAGAUGCUGCUGUAUUUCAGUUGCGGACCAUCCUUGAGCAGGGCGGCUACACGAAGAACUUGGAUACCCUGACGCUGCUGCGAUUCCUGAGAGCUCGCAAGUUCAACGUAGAGCUUGCAAAGAGCAUGUUUGUCGACUGUGAAAAAUGGCGGAAUGAGUUUGGAGGCGGUGUGGACGAGCUCGUAAAGAACUUCGACUACAAGGAGAAGGCACAGAUCAUGGCAUACUACCCUCAAUACUACCACAAGACCGACAAGGAUGGCCGACCCGUGUACAUCGAGCAAUUCGGUAAGAUCGACCUGGAGAAGAUGCGAGCCAUCACCACGGACGAGCGCAUGCUGGAGAACUUGGUCGUUGAGUACGAGAAGAUGGCCGACCCGCGCCUACCCGCAUGCUCACGCAAGGCUGGCCACCUCCUCGAGACUUGCUGCACAAUCAUGGACUUCAAGGGCGUUGGCUUGGGCAAGGCAGGACAAGUGUAUGGGUACAUCCAGAAGGCCUCGGCAAUCAGCCAGAACUACUACCCGGAGCGACUCGGCAAGAUGUACCUGAUCAACACGCCAUGGGGCUUCAGCAGCAUAUUCGCGAUCGUCAAGAGGUUCUUGGACCCAGUCACGGUUGCAAAGAUUCACGUCUUGGGCAGCAGCUACCAGAAGGAGGUGUUGGGACAGGUGCCGGUGGAGAACUUGCCUACGGAGUUCGGCGGAAAGUGCUCAUGCCCAGGUGGAUGCGCUUUGAGCGAUGAGGGUCCAUGUAAGUGCGCUUCCCGUGGGCAAGAUCCACAGUGGGCCAAGCCACGCAAGGACAACACCAUCCCAGCGACCGAGAGCCACGUCGGAGAAGGCCAGCCAGCGAACGGCGUGGCGACUGCACCAGACGGCCAGCAACAGCCAGUCGGAGAGGCAGUGCCAGCGUCACAGUAG